UUGUGGUAUAUCGACAAACUGAUCUGUUUUGCAGUAAAUGCCUACUAUGUUCUGUGUGCUGAAGCAAAGCAAGAAUUUAAUUGUCCUAUCAGGGACACAUGACAAUAAACUCACUUGAAUUUGAACUUGAGGCAGCAGGUUUAUGAAGUGCUGAACUCUGGCCUUCCGUCGAGUGCUUUUGCAAAGGGUACAUUGUGCCUUUAAAUGGGAGGCGUCUGGGUUUGAUUGACAGCGAGCGAGACCCGAAUUCCCGGGACUUUCUACAACUGUCAUUCAAAGGCGGCCAGCGAGCGCAGCUCUGGCAGCUCUGGUAGCUCUUGCAGCGGAGAUUCAGAGCAAGAUGAACCAGGGCGAAAGCAGCAAGAGACGGAGAUCCUUCAGCCCUGACAGAGGCAGCCCCAAGCGGAGAGUUUUGCAGUCCAGUAAAUCGAAUUACCAGGAAUGGGACGUAGAGGAUGUUUGCCGCUUCCUGCGGAUGCAAGGCUUGGGAAAGUUCGAGCAGUUAUUUAGAGAUGCACAGCUUUCGGGCGAUGUCUUGCCAAUGUUGACGCAACGUGAUUUCGAAAAGGCGGGUGUGAGCAUCCUGGGAGACCGAUUAAAACUGAUCAAGUGCAUUAAUAUGCUCUGGCAGAACCCUAUUGACGCAAAGGUGUUCAACGAUCCGAUUCACGGCCACAUUGAGAUGCACCCACUGCUCGUCCGCAUCAUUGACACCCCGCAGUUCCAGAGGCUUCGCUUCAUUAAGCAGCUCGGAGGGACCUACUUCGUCUACCCUGGGGCUUCUCACAACCGCUUUGAGCACUCCAUCGGUGUGGCAUAUCUGGCAGGACAGCUGGUCAAAGCACUCUGUGGUCGGCAACCAGAACUUCAGAUUAACCAUCGAGACAUCCUGUGUGUUCAGAUCGCCGGACUCUGCCACGAUCUAGGUCAUGGGCCUUUCUCACACCUGUUUGAUGGAAAAUUUAUUCCUCAGAGGAGGAAAAAUAAAUGGAAGCAUGAAGAUGCUUCGUUGGACAUGUUUGACCACUUGAUCAACACCAACGGGCUGGAAGUUGUGCUAUUGAGCUAUGGCUUGGUGUUACCAGAAGACGUGAAGUUUAUAAAAGAACAGAUCCAAGGCCGACCAAUAGAAGGAAAUGGAGCUGGUGACGGUUCUGAAGCGUGGCUGUACAAGGGCCGUACUCGGGAGAAAGGCUUUCUGUAUGAAAUCGUUGCCAAUAAGAGAAGCGGGAUUGAUGUCGAUAAGUGGGAUUACUUUGCCAGGGACUGUCACCACCUGGGGAUCCGGAACAACUUUGACUUUGAACGCUUCCUCAAGUUCGCUCGAGUUUGUGAAGUCGGCAAAAUGAAGCGCAUUUGCACUCGAGAUAAGGAGGUUGGUGACCUGUACAACAUGUUUCACACACGCAACACGCUACACCGCAGGGCCUAUCAACACCGAGUGGUUAACAUUAUUGAGAGCAUGAUCACUGAAGCCCUGGUGCUGGCAGAUCCACACAUCCAGAUCGUUGGAAAAAAUAAGAGAAUCUGCAAAAUCUCUGAGUCGAUCGAUGACAUGGAGGCCUACACCAAACUCACAGACAACAUCUUUGAACAGAUUCUGAAUUCUUCGGAGCCUGAGCCUGACCUACAAAAAGCACGAGAGAUUUUGAAUAACAUCCUUUGCCGCAAGUUGUACAAAUGGAUCGGGGAGACGCAGCCUGCACCAGGGACGACAAUUGAUCCGGACGAGUUUGAGCAGUUGUCUGAUGAGGUGGCUGCAGUUGUCCCAUCGACACCUCUGGACGUUCAACUUUGUGCAGAAGAUUUUAUUGUAAAUGUGGUGCGUAUGGACUACGGCAUGAAGGAGAAGAAUCCCAUUAACAAGAUGCGGUUCUACUGCAAGAGUGAUCCCAACUUGGCCAUCACAAUCCGCAAGGACCAGGUAUCUCAGAUGCUUCCGGUGAGAUUCACAGAGCAGCUGAUCCAGGUCUACUGCAAGAAGACCGACGAUCAGAGUGUGCAGGCCGCCCAGAAGCUCUUUGUCCAGUGGUGCAUCAAGAGGAACUUUUCCAAACCAAGGGAUGGGGAUAUUGAUGGGGAUAUAGACACCACUAUAGUCUGAAUGGAACAGCGGCAAUGGUGACAGCGAUGACUCCAAUCCCAGAGAAGAGCUUCAGUCUUCUCGUCGGGCAAACAGCUGUAAAUCACAACGCUUUUUCAGUAGGAAAGUGGGAAUUUUCUGUGAAUCCUGGAUCUUUUUUCUCCCUGCAGUCCCUGCGAUGGUAUAAUCUCCUAGCUUCCUUGGUUCUUUUCCAAUUAGCAAUCUUCCACACAAAUGUUGGAAGAGUGCGAAUUGUGCUCACACCAAAGGAUAAAGCUUUAUUUUACCCAACUCUGAUUGUAAUGACUCUGGAUACCUAUGGCCAAAUGGCAACUAAAACACAGGAACGGGACUGUAUGUGUUACAUCGAGGCAAUGGGCUUUGACUUUCCACAAAGGAUCACUAUGCCCAGUGAUUCCUGCUUGCAAGAAUAAUGCCUUUACAGGCUGGGAAGGAACACAAGUCACCGUUUUGCCUUUUUAUCAUGGAAAAAAAAGUUGUGCAAGUGUGAUGGACAUAUAUUCUUGUAACUAUACACUUUAUUGCUUCGAGGGAUUAUGGUUGGUACCAUGAAUGUUAUGCUGCUUAAAAUAUUAUUACUUCAGUCCACAGUUGAACAUACAGGCACCUCGCAUUUUAUGUGGGGAAUAUGUGCUUGAAAAGCAGCGUGCAAUUCAAAGACACAUAAAUGAAACAUAUACUCGACUACACGGUCAACAGUAAAUUUGAGGUGCAUUAUUCCAAAAAUACCAGUGUGUAAAUCAAGCUUUGGUAUUAAGAACACUAGCACGUUAUUUCAAAAACCCAUAAAUCAAUCAUGCUUAAAGCGUGAGGUGCCUAUAUAUUAAUACAAACUUAAAACAAUAUUCAACUCAACAGAAAUGUUGGGGGAAAUCACCUGUGUCUACAGUGCAGGAUAAAGACCCAAAUAGAGAGAGGCUGAUUGCAGUGGGGUUUCCCCAGUAUAGU